CUCCUGGUAGACUUAUCCUCUUCAUUUCUUCCUCCUCCUCACUCUGAAAUGGAGAAAACCAUACAAACCCCAGCCAGAUGAAUACUCCAGGAGGAUUACUCGAUCCCAACGUACGCCAAUCAAAUCACAAAAACCAGCUGCAAAGGAGAAAUAUGCUUGUAAAUGAAUGAUAGUCAAAUGAAAAUUAUCAGUAAAAUAAAGAUGAUAUUGAAGAAGAAGAAGAUGUAAGAAGACAAGUACAGAUCGUUUGACUGGACAUAGAAAUACAAUUGAAUUUAAUUUAAAUCUGUGUUUACGAAGAAGAUGGUGUGAGAUGUGAUGAAUUUUAAGCUGAAUCUAUAGUUUAAUUGAUAUUGUCAAGAUGCUCCACUUAAAAGACUACUGAUUUUUUGGUUUUUCAGGAUUUGAGUGGCUCGUCUAAUCUGAGGUCUUAUCUGGAGUCUGAAGAGGAGAUUUCUUAAUGCUUGGUGCUCAUCAGUGUUUAAGGGAAGUAUUUAAAUACUUUGAAUUGAUGGUAGUGCAUAUUAUGUGGCUCCUGAAGUAUUUUGACGGCAUUACGGAGCAGAAGCUGAUAUCUGGAGUGUUGAUGUGAUACUGUACAUUCUUCUUACUGGAGCCCCAGCCACAUGGCAGUGUCACGUCUUGGUUAUGAAUUAUGUAAUAGCGAACUUGAAACCAACACAGGGAUUUCCAGUUUUGGCAGGGAAUCAAAUACUUAGCUUUUUUGUAUUGUUAAAAACGGUGCUCAAGUUGGUGCAAAUAUCUUAUCUUAUCUGGGAAUCUUUUUAGACCAAGCAAGAGCACUUGAUGAACUUAUUCCACACUGGAAACAACAACAGUAUUGUUGUUAAAGGAGUUGUUUGCAAGAAGAAUGUUUCCAACCGGCGGAUGACUUCAAAAAUUGAGAAGCCUCGUUUUCUUAUCCUUGGCGGAGCUCUUGAGUAUCAACGGGUGUCUAAUCAUUUAUCAAGUUUUGAUACUCUACUGCAGCAGGAAACAAAUCAUUUGAAGAUGGCAGUAGCAAAGAUAGUUGCUCAUCAUCCCAAUGUCUUACUGGUAGAAAUCAGUUCACGUUUCACUCAAGAAUACCUCUUUGAAAAAAACAUCUCUUGUUCUCAAUACCAAGAGGCCUUUGUUAGAGCACGUGUGGCACGCUGCACAGGUGCACAAAUAGUUCCUUCCAUUGAUCAUCUUUCCACUCAAAAGCCGGGUUAUUGUGAAGCAUUCCACGUGGAGAAGUUCCUUGAAGCACAUGGGAGCGCUGGGCAGGGAGGAAAGAAAUUGGUGAAGACACUUAUGUUUUUUGAAGGGAGCCUCAAGCCAUUUGGUUGUACUGUUCAAUAAAAUGGUCGCUUGCUUUGGAUAUGCAUCGAUGGAUGUUCACUCAGUAUACCUUCCACCCUCAAAACUUGAUUUCAGCUACGAAAAUCCAGAAUGGUUACAGAUAGAGGUCAAUCAGGAGUCUAUACAAAAAUGUACGGAGGAGUCUGCAAGUGGUGCAGAAAAGCUUGUAUCAACAAACUCAAAUUCCAAGCAAAGUGGUAAAGAUUCUCCCAGUGAUAAAAAGUGCAAGCUGGAUGGAAACAGUGAGCAGGUGGAUUCUUCACAGAUCAUAACACCACAGGGUCCAGGCCACAUCUUUUAUCAAGCUUAAGUUCAAAUGCCCCGACCAAUCCUUUGGAGACUGAAAAUACAUGUGGGAGGGCAAUCUCAGAGGAUCAGUUUCCGAUUGUAGCGAACCUUGAUGCAGCAUGGACUAGUAAAAACAUGCCAGGGAGUACGAUACUGGAAUUAACGGUGAAGUGGCAGCAGAUUCAUUAACCCAAGGCAAAACUCAUAUGAAGUUGUUAAAGUUGGAAAAGCGUUUCGAAGACCUGGGUAUGGCUGAGGUCACUGAAUCUCAUCAUCCCGUGAAAGGAGCAGAUAACUCAGACGACAACAACACGGGUUGGAUUAGGAUGCCUCUGGGUGGUUUAUGAUUCAUUGAAUCUUCUUCAGUCGUUUCAUUCUUUCGAUGAAACAGAAGCCUCUGAAUCGUUUAGAAAUCUUGGGUCUAUGGAUAGUAGCAUUUUAUCCAUGUCUGGUCCUUGGAGCUCUUUGAUUCCAGUCCGCUCAAGGCGUUGCUUGUUAGAGUGGCAUUCAGUGACAAUGGUCCAUUUGGAAGGUGAAGUAUGUGCAAAGGGGUUUGAAGCCUUAAGGAGGACAUCUGAGCUAGAUUUCGUAAGGUCCCUGAAUCUCAGGGUGGUAAGAGCAACACCUAUUUUACUAAAUCACUGGACGAUCAGUUUAUCAUUAAAGGGUUAACGAAGAGAGAAAUAUGGUCAUUUAUCAAGUUUGCAGCAGCGUAUUUGAAGUUUUUAUCUGAAUCGAUCGCAACAAGAUGCACAACUUUCCUGGCAAAGAUUUUGGGGAUCUACCAGGGGGGACUUGAUUAGAUUUCAUGGUCCCCUGUUUCAAAUUGAAUGCACUCAGAGAACGCUGGACUGAAGCCCGGUGAUCCGUCUUGAUGAAACCUUUCCUGUUGCGGUCCCUAUCCAGAAUACGAUUCAGCAAAUGAUGAAGAUCGUUCUCCUUGGGCCUGGUAAUAAUGCAAUCCCCUGGUACCUUGACAGUAUUAGCGAGGAAGUCAGGGCAUAGUUGAAAAGCUGAAGUGAUUCCAGUUCCAACGGCCAUUCGAAUUGGUUAUCUGUGCCUGAAUCCUCUGCAUUAUCUUUUGAUACAACACUAGAUAUUUCUUCUCAGACAAAUCCAAUUUUACUAGUGCUUCCAUGUCAUGAAUGUGAGGUCUUAGUCUUUUAUCCAUCAAGAUCUUAAUGACAAAUCUGUUAUCUGUUGUAAUGGUAACCAAUCUCUUGACUUGCUCUUUCUACUGCUAACAACUCAUAAAAGUCAAUAUCUUCAUUUGGGUCAUCUGUGACCAUCA